GUCGCAGCUCGCAACAGUCCUGGACACAGAGGGACAGCGGUGAACAUGGGACACUCCAGCGAGUGGAAGACACAGCAGCUCGGAUGCAUGGGCCACGGUCUCAUGGCACUUCACCUCCUCUCCCUCACCUUGCUGGCUGUGAUCCUGGUGGUCAUGGUAAUCCAAGGCUCGAAGAACCCCAGGUCCCACCAGGAGAAGAUCUACCAGGAACUGAAGCAGCUGAAGGCUGGAAUCGACCGCCUGUGUCGCCCCUGCCCCUGGGACUGGACAGUCUUCAAAGAAAACUGUUACUUCUUCUCCAAAUUGAAAAAGAACUGGACCGACUCCGUGACUGCCUGUGAGGAGGUGGAGGCUCAGCUUGUCAUCGUUGAAAGUGCUGAGGAGCAGAGCUUCCUGCAUGAGACUUCUAAGAAGAAAGGUGUCGCCUGGAUGGGACUCUCGGACCAGAAAGAUGAAAGCACAUGGAGUUGGGUGGAUGGUUCUCCUCUGAAGGAAGAGUUCACAAAGUACUGGAUGCCAGGGGAGCCCAACAACGAUAACGAGGAAGACUGUGCAGAGUUUAGAAGCGAAGGCUGGAACAAUGGACAAUGUGAGCUGAAUAAAUUCUGGAUCUGCAAGAAGCCUGCAGCCUUGUGCCCCUAGCAGUGGACUCCAGAGUCAGUCCUGCACUCCUGCAGCCUGGACAUGCCCACCAGGUGACAGAAUUUGACUCUCAUGGAUAAGAGUCUUUUUCUCUGUCUUUGAGCAGCACUGAGACCUCAGCAACAGCUUUGGUGCUCUGCUCGGUCAUGUUCCUCAUCCUUAUGGGAAGAGGCCACUGUAUACUUCCUCCUUGCCUCAGAGAAUGGUUGCGGUUCUGGCCCUGUUUUUGCAGCCUCUU